GUUCAGGUAUUUGAUUAAUUCUUGCUGCUGCUAGUCUCUGUUUAAGUUCAGAAUAUAAAGCUUCAUUCUCCUGUCUGAGCCGUUGAGCAGUCUUCCUUAGCCUGUCAUUCUCCUGCAUAAUCUGAAUAUUCCGCCAGUACAAGUCUAAAUUCUGUUUCUCCAUAACUUGCUUGAGUUGGCCUGAAACUGGAGAAACCAUUAAAAAUUAUGAACAGUUCUGCAAGAUAUAUUUUGAAAACAUAGCCUAACAGAUUAUGCAAAAAGAGAAGAUGAUGUCAUAGUAAAUUUUUCUUAUCUACAUAUGCAUGACAUACGUUUAUACACAGUAUAUUGACCAAAAUAUUGCAGAAAAAUGAUAAAAAGUUCCAUAGUGAUUUAUUUCUAUGGGAAAAAUAAGAUGGAAUAGUAAAUGUAAAACAAUGAGAAAUUGGAUUUGAAUCUAGCCCUGCUUUGUCUCAUGAAAUUUGAGUCAUAGAAGGCAAGAGUCAGCAGAUAUUUUAGAGGGUACUCUCGGUACACUUAGUAAGUAACUAGCUUCAAAGAGGGGAAGCAAUUUUGAGACCAAUGGAAAGAAGGAAAACUAGUUUUGCAACAACACUUGAAAGUUCUUUGUGUAAGGACACUUACUUACGAAUAGAGAACAGGCUCCGAACCUUAAGAUUCUGAAGCUAUUAGAGGGCAACUGGUUUUGGUUGGAGUCUCUUUGAUAUUCGUGCUUAUUUAUACUACUAUUUUAUUACUUUUACGGAUGGACAAAGAAAUACUAGAAGCAGCACACGAGAAAGGCACUUGUAGUUCAAGAAAGGCUCCCGAAACCAAUUCGCAAAGCCCCCUUUAUUCCUCCUUUAUUCUCACAUAAAAAACACGUCACAUUUUUAGUCAAGAAGACGCUUCAUCGAUGAUUCUGUUAGAAGGAAAGAAAAUUGUUGCUCAAAGUGGUUUUUGCAUGUGGAUUUUGCUUGUUUAGUUAUGUAAAAUUAGUUAUAAAGCAGUAUAAAGGAUGAUAUUCCUGAAGAAGCAAAUGCUUGAGCAAAGGGAGAAAUAGCAUGGGAGACAGCGAGAACUAGGGGGGGUUGGGGUGAAUUGUGAGAUUUUGAUAUUCAUGAGAGGAACCUGAAUGUAAGUAGCAAAAUAAUAAGCAUUCAGUGAAUUUAACAGAAUCAACUCAUACUUUUUAAAGCUGAUUUGCCUAAGCCAUGAGUAGAUCACAAUAAUUACAAGGAGUAGAAUUUUGUUACUGUUAAUCUGGCUAGGCUGUGUUGUUUUUGGCAAUUACAAUACAAGAGAAUCCCUCCUUUUUUGGAACAUAACUGAUUAAUUCAUUACACCUAUUAGAGAAAAUAAUGAAGUGGUUAACAUAUAUGGUGUAUGGUAAACUCUAUUGAAAGUGAAUAAAAAUUAAAGAAAUUGAAAGAAAAUCUUGAGUAGUUAGUAAGUAUGGAUUCAAGUAUUAUUUUUGUUUUGGAGAGUUACUUGAAUUCAUUAUGUAUUACUUUCUUUGUUUUUAAUUUGGAGAAUAUUUGAAAAACAAUGUUGGAACCUAAUGUUUUGUGAAUUUUAUCUCAUUGUGACCUCUGGUCACGGGUUCAAGCCGUGGAAACAACCUCUUGCAGAAAUGUGGGGUAAGGUUGCGUACAAUAAACCCUUGUGGUUCAACCUUUUCCCGUACCCCGCGCAUAGCGGGGGCUUUAGUGUACGGGGCUGCCCUUUAGAUUUAUCUCAUUGUGAUAACAGAAAUGUCUAGACUUUCAAAUUUUUCUUUGGUUUAAUCAUAUGGUAUUUGAAAUUUGUUGGUCUGAUUUAUUUUGUAUACGUGUUGGGUAAGCUAAUUAAGGGAGGUAAAAUGCUCUCUGUUAAGAAGUUCUUCAUUCCUAGGGUCCGAACUCGAAACCUCUCGUUAAGGGAAGUUUUCAUUACUGGUGACAAUUGGCUCCUUCAGUACAGUACAAAUAUAAAAGUGGAGAAGUCGAGAAAAUAUGUGUAAAUAUUCACAUUAUAAAAGGGAAUUUCAUCAUUAUAAUUUAUAUUGCUAAUUAUGUUUCGACUCAUAUAAGUUGUUGUCGGUUGUUAUUGUUGUUUUACUCGUUAUAGGGAACGGAUUUCAAGGGCAACAAAGGCCCUUAGAUAGGACUUUAUCUAUGGCUAGAAGAGAUUUUCUUUCUAUUAUUGUUUUACUCAUUAUAGAGAGCAAAAUUCAAGGGAAACAAAGGCCAUUAGAUAGGACUUCAUCUAUGGCUAGAAGAGAUUUUCUUUCUAUUAUUGUUUUACUCGUUAUAGAGAGCGGAAUUCAAGGGAAACAAAGGCCCUUGGAUAGGACUCCAUCUAUGGCUAGAAGUGAUUUUCUUUCUAUCAUUGUUUUACUCGUUAUUGAGAGCGGAAUUCAAGGGAAACAAAGGCCCUUAGAUAGGACUUCAUCUAUGGCUAGAAGAGAUUUUUUUUCUAUUGUUGUUUUACUCAUUAUAGAGAGAGGAGUUCAAGGGAAACAAAGGCCAUUAGAUAGGACUUCAUCUAUGGUUAGAAGAUAUUUUCUUUCUAUUAUUGUUUUACUCGUUAUAGAGAGCGGAAUUCAAGGGAAACAAAGGCCCUUAGAUAGGACAUCAUCUAUGGCUUGAAGAGAUUUUCUUUCUAUUAUUGUUUUACUCGUUAUAGAGAGCGGAAUUCAAGGGAAACAAAGUCCCUUUGAUAGGACUUCAUCUAUGGCUAGAAGUGAUUUUCUUUCUAUCAUUGUUUUACUCAUUAUUGAGAGCGGAAUUCAAGGGAAACAAAGGCCCUUAGAUAGGACUUCAUCUAUGGCUAGAAGAGAUUUUCUUUCUAUUGUUGUUUUACUCGUUAUAGAGAGCGGAAUUCAAGAGAAACAAAGGCCCUUAGAUAGGACUUUAUCUAUGGGAAGUGAUUUUCUUUCUAUCAUUGUUUUACUCGUUAUUGAGAACAAAAUCCGAGGGAAACAAAGGUCCUUAGAUAGGACUUCAUCUAUGGCUAGAAGAGAUUUCCUUUCUAUUGUUGUUUUACUCAUUAUAGAGAACGGAAUUCAAAGGAAACAAAGGCCCUUAGAUAGUCAUAGGAGUUUCAUCUAUGGCUAGAAGAGAUUUUCUUUCUAAUGGAACUCAUCACUAAAGUUGUUAACUAAUUCAAAAUAUCGAGUGCUCAUAGAAUCACCCUGAACUAUCAUGAACUCAUAUUAAAAAAAUACUCAAGAGAAGAAUAUAACAUGAUAUGUGAACAUUACACUCCACAUAUGGACUAAAUUUCAAUCCAUGCAUGAUCUAUUCUAUUUAAUACCACCUACCAAACGGGCCCUUAAACUAUUGGAUGUUCAUAGAAACUCCCCCUUUCCUCACCCCCAAACUACCAUGAACUCAUUAUGUCAGGUGGCAUACAGCCAAGUUUGGUUCAAUUUUUAAAAAAUUAGUUGUACUAAUAUUUCAAGCCAUAAUGAUCACCUUAAAACGGAAAUGUAAUUAGUCAAUGUUUAACCAAUUAAAAGUUAAACUUGUAAUAAAUUCAAUAUGUAAUUAUAUACAGCUAGAAUUAAUUAAAAUGCAAGAUAUAGAGUAUCAAAUCUGGAUAGAGAUACCUUUUAGAGAAAAACAGUAACGGAUCACUACAUUAUCACUAAACUUAAUUUUGUUAAUAAAUUUAUUUAUAUCCAUAUAAGAUGGCUCAUUUUAAACUCGAAAUAGAACUCAAUAAACGUGUGAUAAUAAGACAGUUAAUCUACAUCUUACCAUUUUGCAUAAUAAUUAUUAAUAGAGGCAUUUAGUUAAAGCAAAGAUAUGAUAAGCUUGAAAUAUAUUGAUGUAAUUACUAUUUCUAGCAAGUUGAUAUGAUCUUCUAGUAGAACUAUGAGUUGGUUGUUUGAAUUUGUAAAUUUUAAUGCCAUGGAAUCAUUAAUUUUCCAUAUUUGGAGGAUUUUGUAUUUAUAACAUUGUCUAUUUAAAAGAUAAUAUUCUCUUCAUUCUUUCAUCAAGUUAAUUUCAUUUCAAGAACAUAAACAUUAGUAUAGAGAGACUUUGCGAUGAAAAAGCCAUUUUCUUUUGAGGCUUCUAGCAUAUCGGCAACUUCAGAAGAAUCUCAUGAAGUUGUCACAAACGCUAAGAAAACAAAAGAAGAAGUUGUGGAAGGCUCGCAAUUGAAGCCAUAUGAUGUAUCAUCUGUUGGUGUACGUCUUGAUCUCAAAGAUCAUGAUAGUUACAACAACAACAUAAAUACUAAUUGUUCAAAUCAUGAACUCAAUCUUUUUAGUUCUACUCCGGCUCAUGCUAGUGAGUCUUCCAACGAGGCAAAGCCCAAGCAGAGGCGUUCCUCGGAUGCUAGGACUUUCUCUUGUAACUUUUGUAAGAGAGAAUUCUCCACUUCCCAAGCCUUAGGGGGACACCAAAAUGCUCAUAAACAAGAGAGGGCAUUGGCUAAAAGGAGAAACGGUCUUGUUGAUGUUGUUUCACCUUUUGUCCCUCACAAUUAUCAUCCUUACUACAAUCCCUAUUCAAAUUUACACUCACGCAUACCAUUUCACAGUUCUUUUGCUUCUCGAUCAUCGCUUGGUGUUCAAGGAGAUUCUCCUGCUAUUCUUAAGCCUACUUCCUAUAAGAAAUGGCCAUUUUUUUCCAGCUACAAUUUUCCAUUUAACCCUGAGAAGUGGUCAUCGUCAACAUCAAGCUCAUCAUUUUUUAGGACAGAAAAUCUCCAAGAAAAUUAUAACAUGGGUAAGAUUGGAACAGGAAGUGCUUCUUUGGAGAAUUCCCCUUAUUUUGAGAACAAAAAAAGUGGAAAGGGUUUCAAUUUAGUGAAUUCACCUAUCGAUGUUGAUAAUCUUGAUGGAAAAAAUUAUACGAAAUUGAAAUUAGGAGAGGAGGAAGAAGAAAAGAAUAAUGAAGAAGAAGAGCUUGAUUUGAAUCUAAAGCUUUAAUUUACUUAUUGCUUUAACUUAUUUUGUUAUUUCAUGAAGGUUUAAUUU